ACUUUCCUUCUUUAUUAUCAUUCCAUUUUCCAUCUCUUUUCCUUGCUUUCCUCCUCAUCUCUUCCUCAUCUCAUCUCAAAAUUCUUUUCCUCAGAAUCUCCAGAAACCCUCUGUCUUUCUCUCUCCAUACAGAUCCAAAGCUUCAAUUUUCGAAUCCAAAAUCUUUGUUUUUUUUUUCUUUUUAGAUUCUUUUCCCACUUUUCUAUUUUCCCACAAAUUUUGCAUUCCCUGUAAUCUUUGUAUAAAACCCAUUCUUUUCCCCGCAGAUUCUUUGCUAAGAAAAUGUGGGUCCGCUGAUCCUAAACCUAGGGUUUCGAUCCGCUUCCUGUAGGCGGCGGGGAUUUAGGGUUUCUCUUCACCGACGAUGCGGAAUCGAUGUUAGGUUUUGAUUAUUAUUGUGUUGGUGUGAAACUAUAUGUGCAGAUUUGUUGAUUUGUGGGCGAUUAAGAAGGUUAUUGUGCCACUGUGUGUGUUGGGAAUUGAUGGAUCUGAGAGUUGUUGGGAGAUUUGAUCGGUCUGCGAGAAGGGCAUCGAAAUUGUAUCGAGGGGAAAGGUUUGUUUGUGAUUUGUAAUGGUGAAUGGUCUUUUGGGUUAAGAGGGAAAGGGUCGAGAUUGUUUUGUUUUUGGGGCUUUGAUUUUAAUUGGGAUUUAGCAUCAUGGAUCAUGUGAUUGGUGGGAAGUUUAAGCUCGGCCGCAAGAUCGGGAGUGGAUCGUUCGGAGAGCUUUACUUAGGGAUUAAUGUACAAACUGGAGAAGAAGUGGCUGUUAAGCUGGAACCUGUAAAGACAAAGCACCCUCAACUUCACUAUGAGUCCAAAUUGUAUAUGCUUCUUCAAGGAGGAACUGGCGUUCCCCAUCUCAAAUGGUUUGGAGUUGAGGGUGAAUACAAUGCCAUGGUCAUUGACCUUCUUGGACCAAGCCUUGAGGACUUGUUCAACUACUGCAAUCGGAAAUUUUCAUUGAAAACAGUUUUAAUGCUCGCAGAUCAACUAAUUAAUAGAGUUGAAUAUAUGCACUCAAGGGGUUUUCUUCACCGUGAUAUAAAGCCUGAUAACUUUUUAAUGGGUUUAGGACGAAAAGCAAAUCAGGUUUACAUCAUUGAUUAUGGCCUUGCUAAGAAGUACCGGGAUUUUCAGACACACAAGCACAUACCUUACAGAGAAAACAAGAAUCUCACUGGAACAGCUCGCUAUGCAAGUGUUAACACACACCUCGGAGUUGAACAAAGCAGGAGAGAUGAUCUGGAAUCUCUUGGUUAUGUGCUAAUGUAUUUUUUGAGGGGAAGCCUUCCAUGGCAGGGCUUGAAAGCCGGUACUAAAAAACAGAAAUAUGACAAGAUCAGUGAAAAGAAGAUGCUGACUCCCAUAGAGGUACUUUGCAAAUCAUAUCCAUCAGAGUUCACAUCAUAUUUCCAUUACUGUCGAUCAUUGCGGUUUGAUGACAAACCAGAUUAUUCAUACCUGAAGAGGCUUUUCCGGGACCUAUUUAUUCGUGAAGGUUAUCAGUUUGAUUAUGUAUUUGACUGGACCGUACUCAAGUAUCCGCAAAUUGGAUCCAGUUCUAGAGUGCGGCAGCCUAGUGGAAAACCAGCUUUAAAUCCUGGACCAUCUGCAGAAAGAAUGGAGCGGCCAUCAGUGGGACAAGAGAUUCGAGAUAGAUUCUCAGGUGCAGUUGAGGCAUUUUCUAGAAGGAACAACUCAGGUUCUGGUUAUCAUGGUGACCAGUCCAGGCACAGAGGUUCGGAGGAUGUACCAUCUUCAAAGGAUGUGCAAACUGAUUCUGAAAGACCCCGGAGCUCCUCUCGAAAUGGCAGUACUUCAAAGAGGGCUGUUGUAUCAAGCAGCCGCCCAAGCUCCUCUGGUGAACCUACUGAGACUCGUGCAAGCCGUCUGGUCUCAGGCAGUGGCCGCCUGUCUACGACUCAAAGGAUCCAACCUGGUUUUGAAUCGAAAUCAUCAUCUUUCACUCGUGCUUCUGCAGCAAGAGGUGGGCGCGAAGAUCCGCUACGGAGCUUUGAGCUCCUAACGAUUGGCUCUGGGAAGAAGAAAUGAGGGAGAGAUUGAUCUUGUAAGAAGUUGAUUGUAUUGGGAGGGGGAAAUUCCCCUGGCUAGUGUCCUAUCAGAAUCUCAGCACCCUUGAUAAUUUUACCAUGGCUCUGUAUAUGUGAAUUAUGCAUUAUUGGGCUCACAUGCGCAGUUAGAAGCUCAGUCAAAGCACUCAAGACUCUUCCUUCUUCCUCUUUGAGAGUUCGUGCCAUUAUAUUGCCUUGUAGACUAUAUCCAAGAAACAGAGAAAAUAUCUCACUUCAGGGAAUUGUUUAUAUAUUUGAGACUUCAGUAGUUGUAAUAAAUACCUCUGGUAUAUGAUGAUGAGAAACUUAUCUGAAGGGUCACAGCGCUCGACGCCCCCCCUACGUGAGACGCAGUCGUCUUUUCUUGAUGUUUUUUACGUUGUUUCUUGUCGGUCUCAUGCAGGUCAUGGUAUUGGCUCUAUGGGUCCUACUUCUUUAAUGACAUGGGUUAUUUUGUUGGUCCGUCA